AUGGCAGUGACUUCCAUCUGCAAUUCCCCAAGCCAAUAUCCUGAAGACUCCAAGCUCCACCGAGUACAACCUGUCCGCUCCAGCCCAUAUACCGAAACAGAGAGCCUGCCCGUUUCGAGAGAUACAAGCUACCCAGGAGACAGGGUGAAUCAGGCAUCAUUGCUAGAAGAGCUGAAAGUUAUCUGCUCGAACUCCAAUCUACAGCAAGCGGUCAAUGGACUCCACAGAGUCAUCCGCGACGACCUCGAGGCAAUACCGACACCGAACAUUCUCACAAAGUCGCCCUUAUUCGUCACGAAUACCUCGGGCAACGAUGUGAAUAUUUACGCGAUGCGCGAUGCACUCCAGUGGUGGCGUCACUGGCACGGGUCACUAGAACACAACUACUGGAAACACGUCUAUCUAGCCUUCACCAUCAUCCCAGAAGACGUAACGAUCCACCCACUCGAGCUGCUCACCGGUGACUUUCGUCUCCUCGGACAUUCCGCAACAGAAGUAUGGGAAGGCCUACACAAGGAAAACGUCCAAGCCGACACGAUCGCCUUCAUGGAGAUGUGUCUACUACGCCAAUACAUCGCCCAGUACCUCGCGAAACGACAAGAGUGCGAGCAGGACAUCAAUAAGAUCUUGCGCACGACACCCGCCUUGAGCAGCAGCUGGCGAGACAUCACGGCAAACACGCAUGGGGCCACGGUUGCCCUUCUAGCUGCGAACCGUGCCGAGGAUAUAGGCAUCAUUGAGAGUGCCAUUCACAUGACCAUUGUUGUGGACAAUCUGUCCAUGAACAUGCUGGGCGGUGCACUUGUGCGCGACACGGGUGCCCCGGUUGCGAGAGAGAGACAGCGAUGCUCGAAGUAUGAGUUGCAGGGUGUUUACAUGAAGUAUAUGGAGCUUUUGGAUCUGCAUCCUAGUUCGCCGCUUUUGAGCCGGUCUGUGUCGUCCGGGCUGCACUUUGCUCCUGGUAUGGAUGGGUGUCGCGAGCGUGUGAAGGGCGUUCGGAUUCCGAUGACGGCCUCUUGGCGUCGGGUGGUCGAGUUCUAUGUUAAAGACUCGGAGUGA